CCUGGUGAUCCGCGGGGAGAAGGACGAGCAGGCCGUGCUGUGCAGUGGGGACAGAACCUAUGAGCUGAAGGUGGCCGACACCUCCAACCUGCUGCUGUGCAUCCCCGGCUGCCAGACGCCAGAGCAGCUUGCACGGGAGCCGGCACCACCGGACCUGAUCCACGCCGAGAUCUUUGGUUUUGCCAAUAAUUACUGGGAAUUAAGAAGAUGCAGGCCGAAACUACAGAAGCUGAGGAGACUUCUGAUGGAAAACACCUAUGAAGGACCCGACAGCCCCAAAGAGGUGGAUUCGAAUCACUCCAGGUACACAACCGAGGAUUUGCUUGAUGUAGUUCAGGCGAGUGAGGAGGAAAUAAUGGCUCACCUGCGAGUUCUGAAUGCCUGCGAGAUUGGAGGUCACUGGAGGAUUCUUGAGUUUGAUUAUGAGAUGAAACUUCUGAAUCAUGUAACUCAGCUUGUGGAUUCCGAAUCCUGGUCUUUUAGUAAAGUCCCUUUGAGUAUUUGCCUUCAGGAGCUGGGCCCCCUGGAGCCAGAGGAAAUGAUAGAGCACUGCCUUAAGUGUUACGGGAGGAGGUACAUAGACGAAGGGGAAGUGUACUUCGAGCUGAGUGCGGAUAAGAUUUGCCGCGCCACUGCCCAGAUGCUCCUGCAGAACGCAGUGAAGUUCAACCUGGCCGAGUUCCAGGCCGUGUGGCAGCAGAGUGUCCCCGAAGGGAUGGUGACCAGUCUGGACCAGCUCAAGGGCUUAGCACUGGUGGACAGACACUCGAGGCCGGAGAUCAUAUUUCUGCUCAGAGCGGAUGAUCUGCCCGAGGGCAAUCAGGAACGUUUUAAUGCUCUGUUCUCUGUAAGGGAGAAGUGGACGGAAGAGGACAUUGCUCCCUACAUCCAAGACCUGUGUGGGGAGAAGCAGACGACUGGUGCCUUACUCACUAAGUACGCUCGCUGCUCCGUGCAGAACGGUGUGCGGGUGUACAACUCCCGGAGACCCGUCUCUUAGACAGCAGCCCUCCCGGGACCCGCUUGCGUCGGAGAGGGUCGGACACAGAGUCCCGUUCUCUGUAUGUUCAUUGCCGACUUGAAACCCCCUUUCCGGGAAGGGGUUUGUUUUCUCCGCUCCUCUGCUGUCACAGGACGGUUACACAUCCUGCACAUUUGUAGCACGGGAACAAGCACAAAAUAAAGUUUCCCACCUUGUGUGCCUCUGA